GACGGAUGCUGCGCCUGCGCGCUGACACAUUUACAGCCGAGGUGCAGUGGCGUCUGCGUGUGCAGUCCGUAAUAUUGCGAAAUAUUAGAAAGAAAGGACGCGGACUUGUUCGUUCGCCCGCUAUAUGCGGGCCUUUGUACAUAUUGCACUCUUGCCCUCUUUGGGAAGGGUUGGCGUUUGAAGCGGACGAUAUGAAGAUGCUCACCGUCGACGUCGUCGCAGUCUUCGCCAGCAUCCUCAGAAGCACACAGGCAAAGAAGCAGGGAAAGGAGGACUUAUCGCCGGCGUAAGCCAGCUUCAUUAUCUAAGAGAUAUGUUAAUGAAUGGAUAAAAUUGGAUCGCGCCAGCCUGGGAAAUCAUGGCGUUCGGUCUGCGGGUAUGUUCCACGCGUGAUUUUUAAUACGAUUUUGGUUUGUUUGGGGUUAUUUUUGUGUCGUGGCUACUGAUGAAUCGGACGAAACUAAGAGCUCCGAAAUUCCCCUGCAUCUGCAGCCUACAUUUCGGUUGUCACGCCCUCGAGCCAAACAACUGCACCUGCCCCGAAUCGGACGCGCAGAGGAUAAAAACGUCUUCCCGGUUCAUCUGGUUGUGGGACUUUUGAGUCAAGCAGCUUCUUCUGUGGAAGGGGAACACAACAGUCAUCACUACACUACAGGCUAUCGCCCCGGUCCUCGCUAAACUGGUCAUCUUGAUACUUAACCUUUAAUCAAAGGUGUGGCUAUUGAUAAUUGAAAAAUUUCUUCGCAACAAAGUCACGAGUGCUGCUGUCGCGUGUCCCAGAGCGGGCUCUCGAGUGUUUUUUUUUUCCCCUCCUUAAAAACACGGCUCCUCGGACUGCGGACAUCAGGAACUUUAAUGGCUUUUGUUCUGAGAAGAUGGAGAAUGUUACUGGUGCUGAAUGUCAUUGUGGUGGCGGGGUUUAUGACUUUUUGGGCCAAGUGCAACUCGCGCGCCGUCAAGGCAGGCGCUCAGGACUCCUCGGCCGACGCGAGGAGACUCGCGCGCUACAACCUGUCCGCUCAGGGCGCGAGCGUCAGUCACGAGACCCUGCUGAGGAGGCUCGGCUCCCUGGAGGACGUGGUCUACAGGCAGCUCAAUGGCUUGUCUAAGUCCCUGGGUCUGAUAGAAGGCUUUGGGGGGCGAGGCCAAGGUGGCCUUCCUGCCACCUUGACUCCUGAAGAGGAGAAUGAUGCCAAAUACCUGAGGGAGAAAUAUGGUUAUAAUGCCUACCUUAGCGACAAAAUCUCCCUGGACAGAUCCAUCCCAGACUACCGCCCAAACAGGUGCAAGAAGGUAACAUACUCUAGAGACCUGCCACAGAUCUCUCUCAUCUUCAUCUUCGUGAACGAGGCCCUCUCUGUGAUCCUGCGCUCCGUCCAUUCAGCUGUCAACCACACUCCAGCCCACUUGCUGAAGGAGAUUGUCCUGGUCGAUGAUAACAGUGACGAUGAACAACUGAAGGCACCCUUGGAAGAGUACGUCAACAAGCGCUACCCUGGUCUGAUCAAGAUUGUGCGCAACCAGAAGAGAGAGGGGCUUAUCCGUGCACGCAUCGAGGGCUGGAAGGUGGCUUCUGGGGAGGUGACAGGCUUCUUUGAUGCCCAUGUGGAAUUUACACCAACCUGGGCUGAACCAGUCCUCUCCAGGAUCAAGGAGAAUCGCAAGAGGAUCAUCCUGCCCUCUAUUGACAACAUCAAGCAUGAGACGCUGGAGCUUGAGCGAUACGAGAACUCUGGGCACGGAUACAACUGGGAACUCUGGUGCAUGUACAUCAACCCCCCCAAGCAGUGGUGGGAUGAGGGGGACACCUCUGCUCCCAUCAGGACUCCAGCAAUGAUUGGCUGUUCCUUUGUGGUGAACCGGGAUUAUUUUGGAGAGCUGGGCUUGCUCGACCCUGGAAUGGAUGUCUAUGGAGGGGAGAACAUUGAGCUUGGAAUCAGGGUGUGGCUGUGCGGUGGCAGCAUGGAGGUCCUGCCCUGCUCCAGGGUGGCGCACAUUGCACGGAUGAAGAAGCCAUAUCACAGCAACAUCGCCUUCCACGCACGCCGGAAUGCACUGCGUGUGGCCGAGGUCUGGAUGGACAAUUACAAGUCUCAUGUCUAUCUGGCCUGGAACCUCCCCAUGGAAAACCAUGGAAUAGACUAUGGUGACAUCUCCCAAAGAGUAGCCCUGAGGAAAAGUCUGCAGUGUAAGAACUUUGAGUGGUACCUAAACAACGUCUAUCCAGAGAUGCGAAGAUACAACAACACAGUCUAUUACGGGGAAAUCCGUAACACAAAAGUGAGCCACCUGUGUAUGGACCAGGGAGUCAAAGAGAACCAUACAGCCACUCUGCACCCCUGCCAUGGGUGGGGCCCUCAGCUGGGCCGCUACACCAUGGAGGGCCAGUUGCACCUGGGCCCACUGGGCAGCACCGGCGAGGACACGCGCUGCGUAGUGGACGACCGCCUCAGCAACCUGCCCCAGAUGCUCAACUGCGACAAGGUGUCUAGUGUGCCCCACAAGACCUGGAACUUCUCCCAGAAUGAGUCCAUUGUCAAUAGAGGUACGGGCCGCUGUCUGGAGGUGAUCCCAGCCAACAUCAAUUUUGGUCACCUGCUUGUCCUGCAGCCCUGUACUGGGCAGCGGUGGUACAUCAAAAAUACCAUGAGGCUACCGUGAAAGAGGCUCCUCCCAACUCCCUCCCUACUGCAACAGCCACCCCACGGUGGUCUGCACAUGUUGUCACCUCAGAUGCUGUUUGCAGAGCCUACAUGUAGGCUUGCAGGGGGAGGACCAAUGGUUGGAGUAACAUUCUGCCUAUCAAACAUGAUUGAUGUUGCAGAAGACAUAUCCUCAGUAAGUGGAUAUCUGCUCAGCAGGCUAUUACCAUACAGAACUUUCUAAGACCACAAUAAGUGGGGGGGUAGAGGAAGAAAUGAUAAAGGGAUUUUACCCCUUUUGGCAAAGGAGCCACAAGUAAGUUUGGAAAUUUUAACUGAAGGUUUUUCCCAUAAACUAGUUUGAGGAUAUCAUGUAAAACAUUUGACCAUUCAGUAUGACAUUUGGUGAGAUGUAAUUGCUGAAGAUUAUAUUAAAUACAGUGCAUUUGUGUUCAGACUAGAGUAUCUUAGUCUUGAUCAUUUCCCAUCCUUUCAGUGGCACAAGUUCUGGUAAACAAAGAUUUAAAAUAUUUUAAUAGGACUAUAGAUUAUAGUUAUACAUGUUGCUUUCACGAUGUUGUGGGAAAAAAUUGUUUUGUAUCUGUUUUUACUCUCCUAAGAAUAUAAAAGAUUGUUUUAAUCAUUUUGUUUUUGUGUAGUUAAACAGCUUUAGUAGCAUGAACCAUAUAUAUGCACUGGGAUUCUGUGAUUAACUGUACCAAGCUUGUCCUUGAAUUGUUGGUUUCAUGCUUAGAGGGAAUGACUGCCAUAACAUCUUAAAACCAGGUAAAGGGGCUACAACUUGAAGCACUUUCUUAAACACGCUGAAUGGCUGACUGUCAUUUUAGACGUGAAGGACUGACCCAAAAACUUGC